AUGCAUCCGAACGGCAGCAGUUCUAAGAUCCCGGCUCCAGGAGUUUGGGUUCCAGCAGUCACUUUCUUCGAGCCAGGCACAGACGAGCUCGACCUCGAGUCACAACAGGCAUACUACAACUACUUGUCACAAACUGGACUCGCUGGACUUGUGGUCCUCGGCACGAACGCCGAAACAUUCCUCCUCACACGCACCGAGCGGGCUUCGCUAUUGAAAUGCGCACGCGACGCUGUGGGACCCCAGUAUCCCAUCAUGGCAGGCGUGGGUGGCCAUUCGACGAAGCAGGUACUGGAGUACAUCGCCGAUGCCGCCGAUGCAGGAGCAGACUACGCGCUUGUCCUGCCACCUGGAUACUUCGGUCCUGCGACCACUGAAGUCGUGGUCCGGAGGUUUUACGCUCAGAUUGCAGAAGCUUCGACGCUGCCAAUUGUGCUCUACAACUUUCCAGGUGUAUGCAACGGUGUUGACCUGUCGUCUUCCCUCAUCUCAGAGCUGGCAACUGCGCACGAAAACAUCGUUGGCGUGAAGUUGACCUGCGGGAGUGUGGGCAAGAUCACAAGGCUGGCCGCCCAACUGCCCGCUUCUCGCUUCAGUGUCUACGGUGGUCAAUCGGACUUUUUGAUUGGUGGAUUGAGUGUUGGCAGCGCUGGAUGUAUUGCGGCGUUUGCAAACGUGUUUCCCAAGACACUGAGCCAGAUCUAUAAGCUUUGGACCGAGGGACAUCACGAGGAAGCCUUGAAGUUGCAUCGGGUGGCCAGUCUGGCGGAGGAGCCUUGCAAGGCAGGGAUUGCUAGUACCAAGUAUGCGACAAGCAUAUUCUCGGCUCCCAAAGCUGGCAUCAAAGAUGCGGAAGCCAAGUUGCGACCUCGCCAGCCAUAUCCACCAGCGGGAGAAGCAGUGCAGACGAAGAUUCGCGACACCAUGGCCGAGAUGAGCAAAUUGGAAGGUUAG